CAGUCUGUAUAACUCUAAAGCCUGAGCUUCCAUUUACUUGCCAUCUCAUUCCAGGAUCUUCUGCUGCGAAGACAUUACCCAAGUACCAGAAAUUCUGACAACGAGGCCCAGAAAGAGACGACUGUUAGGUUGCGGAGGUGUGUCUUGUCCAGCGUGGUUUUCCUCAGCCCUUGGAACCUACAGUGGACCUGGAGUGGACUUGGCCCCCUCCUGCAGACCCAUGGCUCACCGGCUACAGAUACGGCUGUUGACGUGGGAUGUGAAGGACACGCUGCUCCGGCUCCGCCACCCAGUGGGAGAGGAAUAUGCCUCCAGGGCCCGGGCCCAUGGGCUGGAAGUGGAAGCCAUGGCCCUGGAACAAGCCUUCAAGCAGGUGUUCAGGGCUCAGAGCCACAGCUUCCCCAACUAUGGCCUGAGCCAUGGCUUCACCUCCCGCCAGUGGUGGCAGGAUGUGGUCCUGCAGACCUUCUACCUGGCAGGUGCUUGGGAUGCCCAGGCUGUGACCCCUAUCGCUGACCAGCUGUACAAGGACUUCAGCAGCCCCUGCACCUGGCAGGUGUUGGAGGGAGCUGAGGACACCCUGAGGGGGUGCCGAAAACGGGGUCUGAGGCUGGCAGUGGUUUCCAACUUUGACCAGCGACUAGAGGGCAUCCUGGUGGGUCUUGGUCUGCGGGAACAUUUCGACUUUGUGCUGACCUCUGAGGCUACUGGCUGGUGCAAGCCAGACCCUCGCAUCUUCCAUGAGGCCUUGCGGCUUGCUCAUGUAGAACCAGCAGUGGCAGCCCAUAUUGGGGACAGUUACCACAAUGACUAUAAAGGGGCACGGGCUGUAGGCAUGCACAGCUUUCUAGCAGUUGGUCCAGGGCCUUUGGACCCUGUGAUCAAAGAUUCUGUACCCCAAGAAUAUAUCCUAACCUCACUGCCCCAUCUCCUGCCUGCCCUUGACCGCCUGGUGGGCUCACCCAAAGGGCUGUGAGUCUGGUGAGGGAAGUGGCUAGGCCCAACAAACAUUUCAGACAGGGAGGCCUUUCCUUUCCAAGAUCUGGCCUUCAUCCCCUCCCUGCAGCCUCCAUAAUGCAUUCUGACUACAAAGCCACAAGUGUGAGGCUUUCAGCCCUGCCCCCACUAACCAGCUCCUGGUCUCAGAUGGUUCAUUCAUCGCGCCUGUGUCCCUUCUCCACAAGUCCCCCUCACCUCCAACAAGAUUCACUGAGGGCCCAACUAGCUUCAAAACCAGGUACUUUGAAACUUUGUUUUAGUAGCCUGGUCCUUUUGUCAUGGGAGAUCUUAUGUGGAAGCCCAAUAUGCAAAACAGGAAAAAAGGAGAAACCCCUAGGAUUGACGUAGAGGUCCUAGGGUCCCUUGUUCAGGCCCUGAAGCCGCUACAGCUCCCCCCCAGGCCCCAAAGCCUGAGGUCAGAGGUGUUUAAUUUGAAAAUUGGUGCUGCCCUGGCCGGUUUGGCUCAGUAGUUAGAACAUGGGCCUGCGGACUGAAGGGUCCCAGGUUCGAUU